UAUUGUUAGUCUGUUUUGAUCAUUAGUGCUCUUUAUAUUCAUAUAAAUGAUGCAUUUCUAUUCCAAGAAAAGAUAGGUCUACACAUUUUAUUGCUAAUGUUGAGUCUUCAAUAACUUUGUGAUGUGUUGUAGAAAAUGUCUAGUUUGGCAUCAUGAACUGGUCUUUUUAGUCGAGCGUGUUGUCAGUUCAAAUCUCAAUAGAAGGUGAAUGUUACUAAAAACUUGUUCUGCACCUUGUCAGUGGAAAGAAGAAAAAAAAACGUUUCAUCUGGUACACUUUAGUGUAUGUGUGUGUUUAGAAAUCUUCUUCCGUGUUGUGCAUUGCAGACGAUGUGCUUGGGGUGUAGAACUAUUGACAGUUUUCUUCAGUCGUCUAGAUCAGGACUUUUAAGAAAUUCGCUAUUGGAUAACACUUGACUGGAAUAAGAUAUUGGAUAACACUUGACUGGAAUAAGAUAUUGGAUAACACUUGACUGGAAUAAGAUAUUGGAUAACACUUGACUGGAAUAAGAGAUUGGAUAACACUUGACUGGAAUAAGAUAUUGGAAAACAUUGACCGAGGCAUUGAUAAGUGAAGAGCAUGAAAGGCAAGUUCUAGACUCGGACUACCGCAGAAAGAAAAAGAUGGCGGGGCGCCACAUUGCCAUAUCCACGUGGCUGGAGGCACUUAGUAUGCCAGAGUAUCUUCCCUUGUUUCACCAAUAUGGCGGAGUAGAGGAUCUUAUCUACGCCACUGAAAGUGAGAUCAAAGAUCUUGGAAUAAGGAUCGGUGCACAUCGAGCCAAGAUCCUUUCAAGUCUUCGAAUUCUAAGGGAGAAAUAUGAGAAAGGCCGUGUCACUGGAAGUGGAUUAUUUUCUCUGCAGAGAACUGACAGUGUACCAUCUGCCUCAGCUCCAACAUCACCUACAGGCCCAUACCCAGAUUUCCAGCACUUGAUUAUCUCCCCUGAGAAGCUCCAGCUUGACCUCCAAAAGGAGCUAGCUGGUGACCCGUCGGAUCUGCGCAGCCGACCCUGGUACCACGGCAGCAUCACCAGGCAGCACGCUGAAACCCUCGUCUGCGAGAACGGGGACUUCAUCGUCCGCGAUUGUAUCUCGAAACCCGGUGACUUUGUCUUGACUUGCAGAUGGAAAGGAACGCCCCUCAGUUUUAUGAUCAACUCUAUCGUAGGAAACUGUGCACCGGGGCAACUCCCUGUCAUAUCGUAUCAGUUUGAGGACGACGCAUUUGCCACCAUACAAGAGCUCAUUCAGUAUUACCAGCACCGCGGCAAACCCGUCACCCAGGUGUCUGGGGCACUGCUCAAGAACCCCAUUUCACGGUCAAUGCCAUUGAGCUACUAUGAUACUAAGUAUGGCGCCCUCAACAACUCUUCUUCUGGCACCUAUGCCACACCAGAUCAAAGUCCGAAACCCAGCCCGUUUGUGACCCCAUCAGGUAGCCCUAGUUCCAGCCCAGAGAUGCAUCGCCACGGGAGAUGGGCCGGAAGUCAGCCAAUACUCAGCUUGCCUGACAACGAUGACGCUAAACAUUCAAGCAGAAACCGGGAGAGCAGGUCAUCGUCAUUAGACAGGUGCGACAGCUUACCUGUGAUCAAUGUCACACCUCCUGGCGAGCUUUUAGAAAAGAAGGCCCCUCCUCAAGUGACCCUACCUCAACCCACUAUCAACCACACUCGCUCGGGAAGCGCCCCUGCUCUAGUAGAUGAUGUACCUAAUAACUUCACAAAGAAGUUCUCUUCUUUGGGAAGACGGAAACUAGUCCCAGCCAGUUCAGAGAGUGAACUAAGCAGCCCUCCUCCACCUAAGCCUAGCAGGAUUCCUUCAGUCAAAUAUAAACAAAAACCUACCGUACAUAUCCGCACCAAGGUAGAGGAAGAAGAUGACCGCGACUAUAGCGAUUACUUUCAGGUGAAAGAGCAGCCCAGCUGGCUUCAAAACACCUCAUCCUCGAGCCCUUCUGCUGAGGAAGUUUCUCUUAGGCACCUUUCUCCAGAAGAUCACGUAAAUGACCAAAGCCGUCGGGUCAAGAGAGAAAAGGUCUUCUACCCAGCCAAUCCGUUGGACCAGCUGUCGCCAAACACUAAACAGUCGUUUUCCAAUUCUUUUUCUUCUGGUCAGUCAGAAGAUCCUAGCGGAGGUCAAAGGAUCGUGUCUCGAGUUGUGCCCACUACAAGUGAAACUUUAACGGCUCCAUCUGCGUCCAAAACAUCUCAAAUAGUUGCCCGCAGUCGAUCUUUCCGUUACGUCAACCAGAAUGAUAACAGUCGUAGCAGUAAAGCAUAUUUGACUCUUCCCGCCAAAUCUUCCCGCAAAAAUAACUCGCGUGUCAAUGUGAACUCUCAGAAUUUGAAUAAAAAUAUAGAUAAAGGGGACAACGACUACGAUGUUCCCAAAGAACAUGCUAUCGACAAUGAUUGGAUGGGAGCUCAAUACAUCGAGUACCUCAGGUGUAGGAAACUUAUUUUACCACCUAAAGCUUGCCUUUCCGCAAUUGUGCCUGAAAACUUUCAAACGGACCUUCUGCCCAAAGGUCACAGGGUUCUUGACCCUAACGUUUUGCAAAACGUGAAGACAUUAUUGUUGAACAAAACACCUAGAACUAUAGCCAUGCAUCUGACCAAAUAUGAUAUUGCUUUGGUAAGUGCAGCUAAUGAGAAAGACUUAGGGCUUGGAAUUUUCUCUGGUUUGGAGCUGCUGACGCUUCCCCAGGGGAAGCAACUACGGCAGGAUAUCAUUGAACGCUGGGAGUGCCUCCGAUUGUUCACUAUGGUGUCCUUACUCACUAUCCCAACAGUCAAUGAACGGGCGAAAAUGUUGAGUUUGUGGAUUCAGACCUGUCUAGAUUUGAAACUUGCAGCUGGGAACUUGUUCAGUUUUUCUGCCAUUAUGUCGGCGUUAACGGGAUCGCAAAUUAACCGCUUGACGGAUACGUGGCUGGUUCUGCGUCAGAACCACACCGCCAGUGCUUAUAACUUUGACACUAAACUUCGUCCGGCCUAUAAGGCGUUGAAUGAUGGCAGCAGUGACCUCCCCUUGAACAACGAAACUAUCCCUUAUAUCACACCCCUCUGCUUGCUCCUAGAGCGUGACCUUGACACCGUGCUGUUAGAUUACUACUGGGAGGUUGGCCUGGACCCCAUCGGCAGCGCUAUAGACGUCCUGUACACCCACUUGGACACGGCAAGAGUCAUCGCCUCACAGGGGGACUUGUACAGGACCACCUCCAGCUCCCUGGUGGCGAACUUAAACUAUGACCCUGAGUUGGGUCAGGCUCUGUCUCCUGAGUUCCACCUCAUGGCCAUGUGGGGAGGAAAGGGGUGCGGGGCUAAGAGGAAGGACAGGGUGGACAAGCUAGAGCAGAUCUUGACACUUUUUUCUCACAAACUUCAGAUCCCAGGAGAUGAUGGCACAGAAGUUUAAAAACUAUGUUUCUUAUCAAUGACCAAAAGGGAGUCAAUCCAGUGUCCGUAACCGCGUAGGUGGAACAAGUGUGACAACUCUUGCAGUUUAAACUACGACUCACCUUUUGGCAGGACGUCAAAACAUCUCAAAUAGUUGCCCGAUCUUUGCGUUACUAUUUGACUUUGUGAAUGCAGAUAGCGUGCAUUGACCAACAUAGUCAAUAACCGGUGAUUUAUAGCAGUAUCUGCAUCUGUGACCUACAUGUGUUAAAUUUAUUCAUGUCUUCUGUUUUUCUAGUCAUUUGAUAUUUUUGGUUGACGUUUGAAGAAGACUUUAGAUAAUGCUGCUAAUGACACUGUGCAAGGAAUCGACCCUAAGACUUAGCCCAAGCAAAGACAACCGGUAACAGGGGGGAUGAAUGCUUUGAACUGUGGUUUUGUUCCUCCUCUUGGGGGUGGUGAGACCUAUGUGACCCGGAAUAUUUGGCUGCACACUGAGCAGGUUAUUUUAGCGGGAGCUAAUGUCAGUUACCUUCUUUUUUUCUCUCUGACGCUUUUUUUUUUUUCCUGCCAAGCGCUGUUCUCUUGUCCUCAGCAAUUUUUGAGUCAUUUUUUCACAGUGCUACGCCCUGAUGCUCUAUCGUGUCGGGUGCUUCCAUCACCCAUAACAGGUGAUUUAACUGUAUGGAAUUUAGCUCUGGUGAUAUGAAGGGAGAGUAAUCCUUGAAGGAUUACGGGCUCGACGUGGCCUAAAUUGUGCCAAAAAAGUCAAACCCACAGGGCAGCGUCAAUCUAAUAAUAAUCCCAAAGAGAGACAACUCUGCUUCUAAGGAUAGCAGUUCAAUCCCAAUAACUUCAAGAUUUCACUAAAAUAAUUGUGAGACUUAAGAGUACUGCUUUUAAUGCAUUUGCCAAUCAAUGAAGCAUGUUAGAAUGUCUGGUUCAAGUUAGUUAAAUCUAUGCUUUAGAAAACAUAAUUUUAAAAUGCUAAUGGGUCGUUUCCUUUGUUCAUUAUUUUAUCAUCAGAAAACGAAUAUUAGGUGAGUGAUUUCCCUUGCACCACGGUUUUUUUUUUAUUUAGUUGUAAAUGUGUAGUAAUGAUUUAAACUAGCGGUCACAUUGACAUCUAGAUCUACUCCAAGAUGACACAGAAGUUUAUAGAAUAUCAUAAAAUGUCUUUCAAUCGUCUACACAAUUCACUGCAUUUUGUUUUUAAAUGGUAGUUUUGAAUAAUGAUUACAUUAUAAGCAACCCUGACCCAUAACUUUCUAGUGUACAGAAAAUUGUAACAAUUGUAUGUACUGAUGUCUUUAAUGUACAUCUAGUGGACUCCUUUGAACUGUACAAUUGUUUUUGCUGUUUAUUUUAUUGAAAGCACCCAGUGUUUACAAAAGGAAAGUCCAGAUUUUAUCUGUCAAAAGAAUACAAAGUUGUGUGACAUAUAUAUGUUGGUGAGCUUUAACCUUUGGGGUAAAAUGUCACUUGAUCUACUUACAUACAACAAAAGUGAUUAAAAGAUUUGUUUUAGAGUG